GUACAGGUGACUGCAAGAAGCUGAUAUGAAGUCAAAAUCAGAUAUGGAGUCUGCAGAGAGGAUAACAACAUCAAACUCAUCUUCAGUGGCUUCUUCCUCACCGUCCACUCCAUCGGCAGCUACAGUGGUAUCAAAAGGAGGCAUCUCCACAGGCGUCACCCCUCUGAGCUCCUCAAUCACUGCUUGCGGACACUUGUUCAGAGCUUCUGGAGAGCAGCCGUUCAAUCUGUCCAGUGCCUUUCCAAUGAUCACCCAUCCAGUCUUCGGCCUACACGCAGCCAGCUCAGGACACUCAGAAUUUGGUGGUUUGGGAACACUUGGAACACCCACAGCCUUAGCAGCACAUCCGCAGCUAACACAUUUUCCAGGUACAGAAUGGUGGCGAGCGACUGAUCCACACACCCGCGCUGCUUUCUUUCCCCCAUUACUUGGAAUUCCUCCCCUCUUCACUCACCCAACCCAGAACCAUGACUCCUCCUUCCAUAUUCGGAGCGCUGGGAAGAAUGGACGCGGAGGCUCGGAGAAAGGCAUAAAUGGAUCCUUGAAUGGAAGCAUCCCCUCAUUAGUCACCAGUAACUGCACACCUAUAUUAUCGACGACUACGACAAAUAACAGCGGGCAAGUAAAAAGCGCAGGCUCAGGACCAGGGGGCCGGACGUGUAAUCAAGAGCAAAGCAAAUCAGAUGGCAGAAACGAAAAAAACAAAGAUAAGCAAAAACAAAGAAAAAAAGCAGUGGAAAGCUCCAGCUCCAGUGACUCCGGCUCCUCAUCCGACACGUCUAGUGAUGGUGUCAGCAGCAGCGAUUCUGAUGACUUGGAGGAAGAGGACCAAAGCAUUGAAGAGAGUGACGACGAUGACUCUGAUUCAGAGAGUGAAGCACAAACUAAAAAUAAGAACAAGGUGCUAAUCCAUAACAUCCAAGACCUGAAACCUGAUGGAAGCCAAACAGAGAAGUUGCCGGAGAAGCGAGCACACCAGCAGUUACCUCUUCUUCCGGAUCCCCAGGCCCGCUCUCCAAUCCAGCCCCAGCAGAAAUACCCUCAGGUUUUAUCCCAGCAACUUCCCUUCUUUUUCCAAAACUCUCAGGCCAAGGAAGAGACUGUGAACAAACACACAAGUGUGAUUCAAUGUACUGGACUGGCCAUGAAGCCCUCACCUUUACUCACUCAACCCAGCAAGGAAGCUAGUUUAAAACUCGGGACCUCCCCCUCUGAUGGACUGAAAACAGGGAACAAAAAUACCUCUGAAGAGCCCAGCCCACAGCCCAGCGACCUGAGGAUUAAAAGGGAUCAACAGAAAUCAACAUUCCCUGCUCCAGUAAGCAAGCCUCAGGAGGGCCUCAAGAACCAGAAAAAGACUAUUGUUACUCAGUCAGUCUCCAUUCCCAUGUCCAACUCCAUAUGUCAGCUGCAGCCAUCUUUAGAAAAUAACCACUCCAACCCAUUCUUGGCAAAUGCACUGCUGGGUAAUCACCAGCCAAAUGGAGUCCUCCCCUGUGUUAUCCAGGAAGCCCCGCUGGCUCUCACCACCAAAUCUAAGAGGGAAAAUAAAGUCAGCGACAGUGUAACUGUUUCCCCCAGUGCCCAUUUUGCCUCUCCGAUCAAUCUGAUUGCGUGUGUAAAAAGGAACUCUUCCAGCAAGUCGAUCCUUGGGCCAACUGGUUCCCCAAUUUUACACAGUCUCUGCAAGGAGAAAACUCCAAAAGGUAACUCCACACCAGCAAUAAAGCCACCUCACCCACUCAAUGCCACCAAAAGUCUCCUGGACAAGUUUCGAGGGGUGGAUUCUGACAUCCCCAGCAGCAAGGAUUCUGAAGACUCCAAUGAGGAGGAUGACGAUGAAGAUGAUGAUGAGGAUGAUGAGGAGGAGGAUGAAGAUGAUGAAGAUGAUGAUUCUGAUAGCCAGUCAGAGUCAGACAGUAACUCAGAAUCGGAUUCGGAGGGGACGGAAGAAGACGAUGAUAAAGACGAUUCUGACAGCGAUACAGAGGGAGAAAAGCUGAAAUUUAAUACAACUGCUCCUCCUGUGACCAGUUCAACGAACAGCAUGAGUGCUCAAUCCACACCGCUCAACUUGCAGGUCAUCAGGAGCCCCAGCUCUGCUCCAUCUGCGCUGUGCCCAGAGUCACAACCCCCUGACCUCCGCAGCCCCACUGCCACUCUCAGCCCCAGCACACCAUGCGGUGCCAGUAAGAGAAAAAGAGUCACAGAUGAGCGCGAGCUGCGUAUGCCUCUGGAAUACGGCUGGCAAAGAGAAACAAGAAUGAAGAAUCUUGGUGGGCGUCUGCAAGGAGAAGUCACUUAUUUUGCUCCCUGUGGGAAAAAAUUUCGUCAGUACCCAGAAGUAAUGAAGCAUCUCAGCAGAAAUGGAAUAAUGGAUAUCACAAGGGACAAUUUCAGCUUCAGUCCAAAAAUAAGAGUGGGGGACUUCUAUGAAGCCAGAGAAGGACCGCAGGGAAUGCAGUGGUGUCUCCUGAAAGAGGAGGAGAUUGUCCCACGUAUCCGAUCAUUGGAAGGGCGUAGAGGACGCCCCCCAAAUCCAGAGAGGCAGCUUGCCAGAGAAGAAUCGAGGAUGCGGCGCAGAAAAGGAAGACCCCCUAACGUGGGAGGGACGGAUUUUGUUGUUACUGAGGGGGCCAAACUGUUACGGAAGCUCCAGGCGCAAGAAAUUGCCAGACAAGCUGCACAAAUAAAACUCCUUCGAAAGCUGCAAAAGCAAGAACAGGUUCGAGCUGCAAAAGAAGCAAAAAAACAGCAAGCUAUCAUGGCUGCCGAAGAAAAGCGCAAGCAGAAAGAGCAGAUAAAGAUGAUGAAACAACAGGAGAAAAUUAAAAGAAUCGAGCAGAUCCGAAUGGAAAAAGAACUUCGUGCCCAACAGAUUUUGGAGGCUAAAAAGAAAAGGAAAGAAGAUGCAGCAAAUGCCAAAAUAUUGGAAGCCGAGAAACGUAUAAAGGAGAAGGAAAUGAGGCGUCAACAAGCAGUUCUCCUGAAACACCAGGAGUUGGAGAGGCAUAGACUAGAUAUGGUAUGGGAGAGAGAGAGAAGGAGACAACACGUAAUGCUCUUGAAGGCUGUUGAAGCUCGUAAAAAGGCUGAGGAAAAAGAACGUUUGAAACAAGAAAAGCAAGAUGAGAAAAGAUUGAAUAAAGAGCGUAAACUGGAGCAGAGGCGGCUAGAACUCGAACUGGCCAAGGAGAUGAAGAAGCCAAUGGAAGACAUGUGUCUGUCUGACCAAAAGCCUUUGCCAGAUUUACCCCGCAUCCCGGGACUGAUCCUUUCCGGUGCCACUUUCUCCAACUGCCUCAUGGUAGUGCAAUUUCUAAGGAACUUUGGGAAGGUUUUAGACUUUGACAUUCAUUCUGACAUUCCAUCGCUCGGUGUCUUUCAAGAAGGUUUAAUAAACAUGGGGGAAAGCAUGGGAGAAGUGCAAGACUUGUUGGUGAGGCUGCUAUCUGCAGCAGUGUGUGAUCCUGGAGUCCCACCAGGGUACAAGGCUAAAACAGCUCUUGGGGAACACUUAAUGAAUAUUGGUAUAAAUCGUGACAACGUUUCUGAGAUUCUUCAGAUCUAUAUGGAAGCGCACUGCGGCCAGACCGAGCUCACAGAAAGUCUUAAAACCAAAUCUUUCCAAGCACACACCCCAACCGAAAAAGCUUCUGUUUUUGCGUUCCUGGUCAAUGAGCUUGCCUGCAGCAAAAGUGUAGUCAGUGAAAUAGACAAAAGUUUAGAACACAUGUCCAACCUAAGAAGAGAUAAAUGGAUGGUUGAAGGCAAGCUCCGCAAGCUGAGAAUAAUACAUGCUAAAAAGACGGGAAAGCGAGACUCCAUCGCGGGCGCUGAAGGCGGAGAAGAACAGCAUUCAUUAGGAACCCCCACAGCAGGCAGAAAACGCAGGCGGAAGGGUACAGACAGUGACUAUGAUGAUGAUGAUGACGAUGAUAGCGAUGAUCCAGCAGAAGAAGAUGAAGACGAUGAUGAAGAUAAAAAGGGGAAGAAAUCCGAAACUUGCGAUGAUGAGGAUGAUGGAGACCAGACUGCUACAGUAGAGGAACUAGAGAAGCAGAUAGAAAAGCUGGUGAAGCAACAAAACCAGUAUAGGAAGAAGCUGUUUGAGUCCUCCCAUUCCUUGCGGUCAAUGAUGUUUGGGCAGGAUCGGUACCGCCGUCGGUACUGGAUUCUUCCACAGUGUGGUGGCAUAUUUGUGGAAGGAAUGGAGAGCGGUGAAGGACCAGAGGAAAUGGCAAAGGAAAGAGAAAGGCAUCGACAAAUUGAAAAGAUUGAGAUUAAAGAAGAGAUGCUUGAUUGCCUUGAUGAGAAGUCAAACUGUGUCAACUCUAGUCCUGGGGAGCAAAAAUGUUCGAAGGACAAAGACAGCACCAACUUGUUCCUCCAGAAACCUGGAUCCUUCUCCAAACUGAGUAAACUGUUAGAAGUAGCAAAAAUGCCUCCCGAAAUGGACGUUGUGCCACCAAAGCCAAGUGUUUCACCCAAUGGCUGUUCGAUUCCCUUUCAGAAUAAAGGCCGGAGCACUCCUGUCUCACUGCAGCCCGGCACAUCUCAAUGCAAUCCUGAAAAGACAGACUUAAAUCCAUUUAGUCCUGUGAUCAGCGGGUCUGGCAAGUUUUAUAAUUCUCCAGUAAUUCCCAAUGAACAGCUGCUAAAAACUCUGACAGAAAGGAGCAGGCAGUGGUUCAGCCUCCUCCCUCGGACACCCUGUGAUGACACAUCAAUAACUCACAUAGAAUCCUCUGCAUCAGUAGCUUCAACAAGCCAAUUGUGUCAUAAUUCCCAGUCUUCAUCUCCUGUGCCAUCCCCCGUUAUGAACUCUUCCUCUACACACAGCUCAAUGGGACCCAGUCCCUUCUCGGUUUCCUCACUUCAGAUGAAGCCUGGUUUACCAGUGAUGGGUCUACAGUUUUGCGGGUGGCCAUCACCUAUUGUUCCAGCAAAUCUUCCAUUUUCUCCCCCCAUGCCGGGGCUUGGGCUAUCAGGAUUAUCUGAAGGAAAUGUCCCCUCUUUCCUCACUCCAAAUGCUCAGCCGUGUAAAAGUGAAUCUCCUGUGCCACAGAGUGACAAAUCCAUCUGUACCCCUUUACCGGCGGUGGAAUUACCAAAACAAAUGGAUUUCCCCAUCCCUAGACCAAUACCAGAAGAAAUGCAGUUUGGCUGGUGGAGAAUCACAGAUCCGGAAGAUCUCAAAUCUUUAUUGAAAGUGCUUAAUCUCCGAGGAAUAAGAGAAAAGUCUUUACAGAAGCAAAUUCAGAAGCACUUAGACUACAUCACCCUAGCCUGCCUGAGAAACAAAGAGGCUAUCAUAGACGUGAAAGGACGUGACAAAUGUGAGCUGACACGAGACGUGGUGGAGAAUUGGUGUGUGGAAGACCAUGAGAUGGAGAUUGACAUCGCUAUUCUCCAGCAGGUAGAAGAUCUGGAGAGACGAGUGGCUUCUGCUAGUUUACAAGUUAAGGGCUGGAUGUGUCCAGAACUCGCCUCCGAGAGAGAAGACUUGGUUUAUCAUGAACAUAAGUCAGUUACUAAAAGGCACAGGGACAAUGAUGGUGAGCAACAUCCAGCAGACGGAGGAGCCAAUCCAUGUACUCUUGAACGGAGGAGCGACAACCCUCUAGAUAUAGCAGUAACCAGGCUGACUGACUUGGAGAGGAACAUUGAAAGAAGGUAUCUGAAGAGCCCCUUAAGUACCACCAUUCAGAUCAAACUGGAUAAUGUGGGCACAGUUACUGUCCCUGCUCCUGCACCAUCUAUUAGUGGUGAUGGUGACGGGGCUGAGGAUGACAUUGCCCCGGGCUUGAAGAUUUGGAGGAAAGCACUCUCAGAAGCACGCAACGCAGCACAAGUAUCACUCUGCAUUCAGCAACUACAGAAAUCUAUUGCAUGGGAGAAAUCCAUCAUGAAAGUUUACUGCCAAAUUUGCCGCAAAGGAGAUAAUGAGGAAUUGCUGCUUUUGUGUGAUGGAUGUGAUAAAGGAUGUCACACGUACUGCCACAGGCCCAAAAUCACGGUUAUACCAGAGGGUGACUGGUUCUGUCCUGCCUGCAUUGCAAAGGCAAGCGGACAAACUUUAAAAAUGAAGAAGGCGAAUCUAAAAGGGAAAAAGAUUUCUGAGCCGAAGAAAGGAAAAAAGGCAUCCGGGGAAGCAGAGGAUGAAGAUACUGCAGCAACCGGUGGUUCCGGAAAAAAGGGGAUCAAAGAUACUAAAAAAAGAAAAAUAGAGGAAAAUAACUCUAGUCCCUCAAAACAAGACACUCCGCCUGCAUCUAAGAAGUCAAAACACCACACUAAGGAUGAUGCCAAGGAGCUGGCUUUCUGCAGUGCAAUUUUGUCUGAGAUGGAAUCUCAUGAGGAUGCCUGGCCUUUUCUGCUUCCUGUUAACUUGAAACUUGUCCCUGGCUAUAAGAAGGUCAUUAGGAAGCCCAUGGACUUUGCAACCAUCCGGGAAAAGCUCAGUAGUGGGCAAUAUCCAAACUUUGAGGCUUUCGCUCUGGACAUCAGACUUGUGUUUAACAACUGUGAAACGUUCAAUGAAGACGACUCUGAGAUAGGCAGGGCUGGACACAAAAUGCGGACACAUUUUGAAAAAAGAUGGACAGAAGUUUUCAACAUGAGCUGAAAUCCUUCAACAAUCCUCCACUCUCGUCGUUUGGAUUACAAGACCAGCAAUGUGAAUGACCUCUAAAUAAAUAAAAUCUGAAUAGUCUCCUGCAGAUCAUGAGUGGCACAUUACAAAUCACUCCAGUUACAACCACGGUUCUUAGUUCAUUUGUUUUUUUGCUGGUUUUUUUUUUGGGCCUGUACAUUUUACCAACUUCAGCCUCAUACUAACAAGAACAUACGCCCGAAAAAAAAAUUUAAAAAAAUCUCAAAACAAAAUUAAGAAAGGCGUCCUUGUGCAAUAGCUAAAAAAAAAAAUAUAAAAAUAUAUCGAAAACGCACUGAUUCUUCAACCACCAGAGCUGUACCGGGGGGAAAACGGUUACCCAUUCUCUUUUCGAUAAAUAUCUAUUUUUUAUUGAUUUAAUGUUAUUUUGUUUAUUUUUGUAUUACUUUGUAGCUCAUUGUUAGUGAAUGUAUUUAAUUUUAUGGAUUAUUUAUGAAUUAAACGGCAGAAAGAAUCUUCGUUUUCUGUGAAAAGGAAGAAUAAGGAAUAUUGCUUUAAAUCUUGAAAAUACAGUGAGAAUGUUAAAGAAAAAUAAAAAAAAAAACACUAAAGAAAAAAACAAAAAAACAAGCCAAGUAAAACUGUUUACACCGCUGUGCUAAAAAUGGCAUCAACACUUUACUGUAAAGUAGUACAUUUAUAUAAGUAUACAUUGCUGCAUCGUUCAUGUAGUCAAAUUGUAUUUCAAGAUGGUGAAGAAAAACAGAUCUGUAUAUACUGUUGACAAUUGUUUAUAUUAAGUCUUGUUUAAUAUGUAUGAUGUGUACAUAUUGUUUGCAGGCAUUGAUUAUGAUGUCUGUUUUAGAAGGACUGUAGCAUUUUAUUUUAGCCGGGUAAUAAUAACCUAUUGCUUGUACAGAAUCCUCUACCGACACUGUGGAGUCUCCCUAAUAUUGGUAGUGCCUGCCUUUAAAACAGGGUGUAGGGGAUAUAUUUCAGUUUGGUUUUUUUUUUUUUUCUUAUGUUUAUUUUAUUUUUUAUAUUAUUUUGUUAUUUUCAUUAUUUUCUAAUUUUGUUACAUGAUUUACUGCCAAGUAGGCCUAAAAAAAAAAAAAAAAAAAGUAUACUCAUUUGUAUCCAUGUGAGACAAAACAUAUGACAGAUUUCUUAACACACAGUAUUUUUUCAUAGAUACAUUUCCCUUCAUCUGCCUUGCCACAAAAA